UUCCAAAUGUGGUUUUUUGUUCAUUUUCGUUCUUUAAUUUUUUACACUUCAGCCAAUGAUUUAUUUUUCUUCUGUAUUUAGCAUUGUUAAUACGAACCAAUUAGGUGACUGCAAAAUGAAGGCUUGGUUCUUGUGCUGAUGGACGUCAGUCUGUGUGGGGUAGCAUUCUGACUUGCUGAGUUAUGUGAACAUUUGGCAAAGAUAAUGCAUUAAAACACUUUCUGGUAAGCCAACAUGAGCUAAAUUGCAGGUGAGAACGAUUUCGUAGCUGGUGAUGGUGAAGUACUGUUAAAACCUGAACUUGUAUAGGGCUGCUUGCAAUUGUAAGGUCACAUCCAGAACUCUGUAGCUAAGAGCAUCAUGCACACUCUCACUUGUGGACAAGGAGUUGGCCAUGUCAGAGUUAAUGCUUGUUUGGGAGAUUUGCGUCGCUGCUAGCAUGCAGGAUCCUCUGUUCUGGAUCCUCCCACCCCGUAAUGUGUGAGGGCCGGGUGGGCGGCCUGUGUGCACUGAGCCUGGGCAGGCCCCGCACUUCUCACGUGUGUGCUCUUCGGCAGCCCUGUGCGCGUGUGGUUCGGAGGUAAUGCCGAGCUAAACUCAGGGGUAGGGCCUGCAGUGAGCUCUGCUGUCGUGCGAUCAUUUAGCUAAUUCAUGGUGCUUUCUGGUACACUGGAUCCUAAUAGGAGUCAAACAGGGUGUGGAGUUUUUUCUUUUUCUUUUUUCUUUUUUUAAAGAAAUAGUCAUUUGCAAUGGGCUCUGCACGUUAUCAGUGAAAUGUUAAAGUGAUAGAUUAUAGUCUUCAGCUCUUUUACUACUUUAAUUUAUCAAGCGGACUGUGCACUGAAUGCGAAGCGCUACUUUCGCGGCUGCAAAAGCCCCACUUCUGUGGCCGACACGAAAUCCGCACCCCGAGAUGCCUUCUCUCCGCGACGCCGCCUCCCCCUGGGUUGGGGGUCAGUAGGGCACGGCCGACCCCCGCCGCGCCACGCCGCGCCUCACAGCCUGGCCGGCAGGUGGCAGCAAAGCGUCGCGUCGCGGCCCGGCCCUCCUGCGGGCUGCCCGGGAGAGGGCGCCCUUCCCCCGGCCAUGGGCCCGGCCCUGCGGCGGAGGGCCUUUGUCCGGGCCGGUAGUGCCCCCUCCUCGGGAGCAGGGCGGGAGGCGAGCUGCCUCGAGGUCCAAAGAAGAAAGUCGCUCGGAGCGUCACGGAUAAAGCAGCGGAUGGACUUCGCUUUCAAUCCGUGCAAAUACCAUCACCUUUUUUGGAGGAAAAAACCUCCGCCGGUGCUACUUCGCGCAAAACUCAAGGGGCAGACGUCAUCACCGCCUUCAGCAACCUCUAUUACAGACAGCUGCCAACUGCAGAUGAAUGCUUUGGCUGUGCCUCCCUCCUUCCAGCCGAAGAAGCUCUUGGACGCUCUCCAACUCAGCUCUAUGGCUUUGCACGAGGCUGCAGAAGAGCAGAGCAGUGCCAUGCGUGGGGAAAUGUUCUUUCCGCCUCACACCACGGGCUUUGGGCUGAUACCCAGUGUCUGGGAGGACGUGGUGACGGAUCUCCUUCCUAAUCCACUGUAGCAUUAAUGGUAAGUGGCAUGCAUAGUGAUGGAAGUUUAAAUCUACUUUGUUCCCAUGUGCAUCUAUUGAGCCCCACUGCAGUUGCCAUCACUCACUCCACAACUGGAUGUUAAUUUACUUUAAUACCUGUGUCUGUAGCACGUGGAGCUGAUAAAUAGUGAGAAAGUAUGUGAUGGCUUAUCUAACCUUCUUCAUAUAGAUGAAACACUACAGGUCUGAAAUCCAUUCAUGCUCCCUGAACACAAUGCCUUAUUCUGGUUUUCUAUUCAUAGUGUUGUAAAUUUGUCAGCCUAAUGGGACACUUCGUAAGACAUUUUCCUUUUUAAGUGCUUUAAUGGGAGUAGGUAUUACAUUGAUCCAAAAUCUAGCUUAGCAUUUCAUAUUGUGGAGCCUGGAAUUGCAUUGUUAUCUGCAUAAAAGUUAAGUGGUGCUUUGUUCUUCCCCUUAUUUUAAGCUGAAAUUUGCCAACCUGAAACUCAGCCUGCCAUGUAUAUAUGGAAUAAAAUAAGCAUGCGGUUUGGCCACCGAAUUCUUAAGGUGUGCUCUAUUAUUGCUUGUUACAAACAGAAAUGGAGGUGGCAAGCAUGCAGCGCACACGACCUAAGCCACAUCUUUUUCCUCUCUUUCCCUGAAGUGAGAGGGCAGCUGUUGCAAAAUAGCCAUGCAAGUACAGACCCAGCUGCACUGAGUCCAGGGACCUGGCCACUGGGACAUUGGCAGGGUGACACUGGUGCACACAAAGAAUCAUAGAAUUAUUAAAGUUGGAAAAGGCCACUGAGAUCAUCUAGUCCAAUCAUCCACCUGCCACCAGUAUUGCCCACUGAACCAUGUUCCUAAGUGCCAUGUCUACACAUUUCUUGAACAUAUUCAGGGAUGGUGACUCUACCACCUCACUGGGCAGCCUGUUCCAGUGUGCAACCACUCUUUCUGAGAAGUUUUUCCCAAUAUCCAAACUGAACCUUUCCUUGUGCAACUUCAGGCCAUUUCCU